CUCUUGGCCAGAGAACAACAAAUCUGCUGUCAAACCGGCACUAAAGAAUGUAAACAAACAGCUGACGUUUGCUUGAGAAACCAUGGCGUUAUCCAACCGGCUGCUGUUCCGAUAUUUCUCUGCCGCAAAACAUCCAAAAAACAAUGCAAGGACAAAAUGGAAAAGCGUCGUCGGACUCGAGGUACACGCACAGCUGGAGACCAAAUCGAAACUAUUUUCCGGGGCUCGGGCUACCUUUGGAGCUGCCCCGAAUUCGUGUGUUGCUUUGUUCGACGCGUCAAUUCCCGGAACAUUGCCCGUGCUGAACAAAGGUGCCGUAGAGCUGGGUGUGAAAACAGCACUCGCACUAGGAUGCAACGUGAGCGCAGUAUCGAUGUUUGACCGCAAACACUACUUUUAUGCUGAUUUGCCAAACGGAUAUCAGAUCACGCAGCAGCGAGCUCCAUUGGCACGGGGCGGAAACCUAUCGUUUCCGGUGUUUGUUCCCGGAGUGACCAAGACGCCUUACUACAAAACGGCAAGGCUUCAUCAGCUGCAGCUCGAGCAAGACAGUGGAAAAUCGCUGCACGAUCCGUACGAGCGCAAAAGCUUGGUGGAUUUGAAUCGUGCUGGUGUGCCAUUGAUGGAGUUGGUGUUUGAACCGGACCUGGAAACUGGCGAGGAAGCGGCGGCGCUGGUGAAGGAAUUGAUCCUGAUUUUGACGAGGUUGCAGAGCUGCUCUUGCAAGAUGGAAGAGGGUGCAUUACGAGUGGACGCUAACAUAUCGGUACAUUUGGAGGGUACACCGCUUGGCACGCGAACGGAGGUGAAAAACAUUGGCUCGGUGCGAGCCGUCGCUCAGGCCGUCGAUUACGAAAUACAGCGUCAAAUCGCCGUUCUGGACGAGGGUGGAACGAUACACAACGAAACUCGUGCCUGGGACUCGACGGCUAGGAAAACGGUCGCCAUGCGAGACAAGGAAGUGGUGCAGGAUUAUCGUUUUAUGCCGGAACCGAACCUUCCGCCGUUGCAUUUAAAACUAAGUGAAGAUUCGGCGGAAUCGCCUGACGCAGACGCCGUUGGUUUGAUAGACGUGCCGAAGCUACACCAGACACUGCCGGAGCUGCCGGAGCAAACACGCCAAACGAUUAUACAGCGCCACCAGCUGACCAGUACGAUCGCAAUAACGCUGGUGAACGACGUCACACUAUACGAACACUUCCGUUCCAUCAUCGACGAGUCGGCGACUCGAUCCCCAAAGCUGGUGGCAAACUUUCUCAUCAAUGAGCUGCUUACGAUGCUAAACCGUAACAAGCUAGAGCCGGCCGAUGCGCGCCUAACUACUAGCCAGCUCGCCACCAUUGUGGAUAUGUUGCAGGAAAACCAGCUCAACAUUCACUAUGCUCGGCGUGUGCUGCAGGAGCUGCUGGAUCAACGGGAUAGGGCUGAAGGAAGUGCACCAUCAUCAUCGUGCCCACGGGAAAUCGUUACCGCUAACAAUUGGUUCCUUAUUACGGAUGAAUCGGACAUCAGACGGUACUGUGAAGGCGUUAUUGAGCGCAGUCCCAAGCUGGUGGAUAAGUAUCGCAAAGGCAAGGAGAAAAUGCUGUACGCGUUGGCGGGUGAGGUGGCAAAGGCUAGUGAGGAGAAGGUUGACAUGGCGAGAGCGGUGGAGAUGUUGAAGGAGAUGUUAAAGUAAGAGACACACCGAAUAAGACGCUUUGUCAAUUUUACUUAAGAUGGUCGCCACAAACGGUACCUUAAAUGCGUCGACUCAGCAGUCAAAAGCGAACAACAGUGGAUGUCAUCAGCAUUUUAGGAGAAGAAACAUAUUACAGAAUUGUGUAUUAGGUCAAAUAAGAUAAGAUAAUAGGUCCUUUAUAUUGCGUUUGUGUGUGUUCUGCAUGUUCAUUAUAAGGAAUUUGCUAAACUUGUCACUUUUCCAGCAUACAGCCCCGCACCGUCCAGACGCGGGAUGAAGAUGGAAUAAGAAUAUAUACAUCUUUCGUUUGACGCAUUUGACUGCUUAAAAGAGUAACGGAUCACCGUAGCUGUAUCAGGAAUCGCUCAGUAUGUCCUUCAGUAUCGAGCUGGAACUGCGUGGCGGCGCAAACCCGGGCUGCUGCAUCAUCAUCAUCGCCGCUUCCGGCACCAGGAUCGGCUGUACGGAAGAUGAUGCGGGUGGUGCAGUGAUCAGAUUGCUACCGACCGAUGUGACCGUGGUGGUUGAUGUUGCCAUCGACUGCUGCUGUUGCUGCUGCUGUUGCUGUUCGCCAACGCUGGAUGUCGUUCCGGUUGCGGCUGCAGGUGACGUGACUAUGUUCAGUAGACUAGAGCUUGCGGUGGCACGUGGGGCCGACUCUUUCUCGAGGAACUUCACGAAUGCCUCGGUGAGGGAUUCUUUGUUGUAGUUAGCUGGUUGGGAGACGAAGAAGAGGAGGCAGUGUUAAAUUUGCAAUUACAACGAUUACAGCUUUGUAGCUCAGUUUGUUGCUCGCUUUUAGUACAUCGCUUGAGACAUAGAUGGCGCUUUUUUGAGCUAUUGCAUCUUAACAGCAACACGUGGAGCUCUUAUGAAGCAAUAAAAAUAGUUCGAAACUCUAUGUUUUAGGUACGAAAAACAGCAUCUUACCUCCUGCUUCUCCACUUCCGCCUCCACCGAGUAUACUGUUCAGCCAUCCGCCCGUACCGCCCACCGUACCCCUGUGAUGCAGGCCCACCUUCGUACAUUCGUUCUGGUCCAUCGUCAGCACGGACGAGAUCAGCUUCAUGAUUUGCUGCCGAUCGGAUGCAUUCGGUGCCACCGCGUACCCAAUGACCAGGUUUUUCACCAGCGUCUUUUCCACCUUGUCCGCCUGGCUUGCUUCCGUUUCCUGGAGUCGCUGCUCGAGUGCCGCAUACCGCUCGUCGCGCUUGGUCACUGUAAGGGAAGAAAGCCGGCCGGCAGAAACAAAGGGAAUAGAUGUUCGCAAGAAGCGAGAGUCAGAAUGGUGCAGAAUAGAAGGGCAAUUAAAGUAUUGUUUUUAUUUUAAGGAAUUAAACAUAAGCAUUUGAAAUGAGUGAGUUAUGCUAACACCGCUCGUUUUGAUGUGGGGAUGGAAUCUUACAUCUUGUAUGCUUCAACUCGAUUGAUGGUAAAUAGUAAUACAAGAACUGCGCGCUCAAUCACUUAAAUCGCUUGCUAACACAUUACUUCAAUUCACACCGUGCAGUCGAGGCGAGUCCGUUUUGUAGAAUGCACAUGCACAGCUGGACGGGGCACACGCUGGAUUAGAUCGUUGCGAGACGUAUGCCGACGAGGAGAGUAUAACACAAGUACUGAUAGCUUGACCGGGGACAGAAGAGGAGUUGGGCAGCCCCCAUGUCCGAUGGUUGUUUAAAUUACACACCAGUACCUGAUGUAAUACUCACCCCGGCGGGACGGGUGUAAGUUCUCCUCUGCACGCUAUCGUUGCACGCAUUCAUACGAUGAGAUUACGUAGAUCACACACUGGUAUCUCUUUAUGCUUUUAGUUUGAACAUAUUGAAAUGCGAUUUUUUUUUAAUUUUGCAUAAUGAUGAUUAAGUGUAAAUAUGAGUGUAUGAUUUCGCCGGGGUACAUUAUAAGCGAACAUGACAAACGCAUAAGAUAACUAUAGAACGAUAACAAUAAUUAUUACAUGAACUGCAUUCAAACACAAUCAAAGGACAUUCACAAUUGCAUUUUUAACAAAAAGUAAAAAAAAAAAUCACAGAAAGAACAUCAAACACUUUUGCAAAUUUUAACAAAAAGUAAAAACAUAAAAAUCACAAAAAGAAAAUCAGAAACAUUUGCAAAUUUUACAAAAAAUAAAAAAAGACACAGAAAUAACAUCAAACACAUUUGCAAAUUGAAAAGAAAACGGCAAGUUAAACAUAUCAUCAAACAAGCUAAAUAAAACAAACUGAAAAAAAAAUAGCACAACAAAUAAAUCACAUUGAACUUCACAACAUCGAACACGAGUACACACACAAAAACACAAAUGGCAGCAGGUAUACACAGCGGGAGCGCGAUGGGGUUGUAUGUGGUGAGCGGAGCAUGGACGGGGUAAUCCCAAUCUGUAAUGUGUGUUUUUCUCGGUGGAUCACGAUGGCAGCACAAUGGUCCAGCCGUUAACGGUGACACACUAUUACAAUUUGAGAUUGCCGCCCAUCCACGCCACAAUGUGUGUGUGUGUGUAUGUCGCAGUGGUGUUGGCAGAAGCGAGCUGUUUGGACGAGAGCCCCUGCAAGGGCAGUUUUGCUUCUCUUUGCCUACCUUUAGGCGUGUACGACCGUUGCCUAGAAAAGAAAACAGCGCACCCAAAAACCCACUUUAACCUAGGUCGUCAUGGUGUAUAUUCCAUCACUUGUACACCGUUCGUGUAACCGCAGUGCUUCCUAGAUCAUAGGCUUGUAUGUACUGCAUGCACUUUAAGCAAAAUCGUCUAUCUUCGAUCAAAGCAAGCGUCCUCCAACGUGAGACAGACGUGUAAUUGACAAAGGCAUCAAGGGGAUGAGGCCGAUUUUUUCAGCGCGAGGCACAAAACAGUCAAAGUUACACACACACACAUUUCAUAAUAAAAACAAUGGCACAACAGAUAAGAGGCUUUACUACUAAUCCACUAAUCAACUAACAGUGUGCAACAAAAGGUGGGAUGGAUUACGCUAAACGACACUGAAUCAUCAACCGUCGAGAACCGGAAGGAUGGGUUUUUGGCCAUUUCGUCACUAGCAUUGUUGCGGUUGGAGGGGUUGAUGGGACACAUUUGGAAACAAUGGUACCAGCUGCCCGCCGUUGUUGCCACAAUCCAGUCCAGGUGAGUGUGUACUUACGUCGGUGUGUUUGAACACAUAUACUAACACAAAGUGCCGCGUGCCAACGCGUUUGGCAAAUCUCGGGAAGCUCUGGAACUCGCGCUGGCCGAGCUUUUAGUGCAUGGUGCGAUUCAAACACAACGACAACAGCAAUGGGUGCAUAUAAAGCAAGCGCGUGCAGUUUAGUAGUGCAAUCAUCUUAGUCUCUAACCAACAACCACCAGCACAAUCCACGAAAAGCUGAGCGGCACGUUUGCAUACCACCACUAACCACCGCGUACGGUAAUUGGUUCACUUAACAACAAUGGAUUAGUUUCCGUCACUUAAAUAAACAA